AUGGCCUGUACAUCACAGUCUGCUGAAGGUUAUAUCAGAAGUGCAAGACGCCACCUUGUGGGAGAAUUAAAGAAUCUAACUGUGAUUUUAGAGAACUUAUAUCAGCGAGGAGUUCUCUGUGAUGAAGAGGUCAGUAAAAUACAGGCAGAGAAGGACGACUACGACAAAACCAGAAAAAUACUGGACUCAGUCACAAACAAAGGGGAAAAAGCCUGCUAUGAGUUCCUCAAAAUUAUUGACAUGACAAGGAAGAGGACUUUAGUGAGACAUCCUCUUCAUCCUGGCACCAAGACAUUUGACCUGCAUCAUUGGAUCAGCUGCUUUUCCUUCAAGGAAGACACCGAAACGAAUGCAAACUACUUACAAGACAAACUGGACUACCAUCUUGACCUCAGUGGAGUGAGUGUGGAUCCUUACCCUUGCUGUGCUGUGGCCUAUGUGGUCACUCAGUCAGAGAAAAAGAAAAUAUGUCUGAACCUCGAGGAUGUUGUGAUAUCAGAACAAGGAAUGAGACAGCUGUUUGAAUGCUUUAAAAAUGUUCAGUGGUCUGGCCCUCUGCCUCGACUGCUUUGGGAGAUUUUUCUUAUCAAUGAAGAGCAGAUGGACUUUGUAAGGUUACUCAGCCUAGAUGGAAACCUUCACCUUCUAGUUGAUGGUGAAAAGAAGCUUUUUGAAAGUGCUGUGGAAGUCAUGCAGAGGAUGCAUACAAAGGUUAAUGUGUGCCUCUACUGGGACAAGGAAACUCCUGCCUGUCACAGUCAGUGUGAGUCUCUGUUAAAGGCUUUGCCGUUCAUCAGCUCACUCAGCUUCAGAGGUCCAGUUUCAUGGAGGCAGGAGAAAUACCAUGGGACACUGGAGAGGGAGCAGGAGAGGCUAUUCAUGGAUUUAUGCCUGAAAGCAGCAAUUCAAUAUAAAGAAAAAAACAAACAUAUACUGAAGUGGCUCCUCCUAUUGUUUCCAGUUAAAACGGACAUAGACAACAUCUUUCUUGAUUUGUUUGAACACUGUUGA